CAGCGCUGGGAUAGAAGCGUCGGGGCAGCAGCUCCCGCUACCCGCGGUGUUGGGACGAUCCGCGUGGGACGGUCGCUCCGGUGCUGCUUCCUCGCCGGUAGCGAGCGCGGCCCCGCAGAGCCACCCCGCCUUUGCUUCUCCCCGCACCGCCCUUCCGUGGGGGUCGCCUGAGCUUGCAAAAUGGCUGACGACCGGGACGACGCCUCGGACCAGCUAAAGCAGUGGCGGAGCCAGCGGGGCACGCAGAAACCAGAUGUCUUGACCACUGGUGCUGGGAACCCUGUAGGGGAUAAGCUUAAUCUUCUGACAGCAGGGCCACGUGGACCACUUCUUGUUCAAGAUGUUGUUUUCACUGAUGAGAUGGCUCACUUUGACAGAGAGAGGAUCCCUGAAAGAGUUGUGCAUGCAAAAGGGGCAGGAGCUUUUGGCUAUUUUGAAGUCACUCAUGACAUUACCCAGUAUUGUAAGGCCAAAGUAUUUGAACACAUUGGAAAAAGAACUCCCAUUGCUAUAAGAUUCUCCACUGUUGCUGGAGAAGCUGGAUCAGCUGAUACAGUUCGUGACCCUCGUGGCUUUGCAAUGAAAUUCUAUACAGAAGAUGGUAACUGGGAUCUUGUGGGAAAUAAUACUCCCAUCUUCUUCAUUCGGGAUGCCAUGCUGUUUCCAUCCUUCAUCCAUAGCCAAAAGAGGAACCCUCAGACUCAUCUGAAGGAUCCAGACAUGAUGUGGGACUUCUGGAGUCUUCGCCCUGAGUCUUUGCAUCAAGUGUCUUUCUUGUUCAGUGACCGUGGUAUUCCUGAUGGUUACCGCCACAUGAAUGGAUAUGGAUCACAUACUUUUAAACUGGUGAAUUCUAAUGGAAGAGCAGUUUACUGCAAAUUCCAUAUGAAGACUGACCAGGGCAUCAAAAACCUUUCUGUUGAAGAUGCAGCAAGAUUGGCUUCUACUGAUCCUGACUAUGGAAUCCGUGAUCUUUACAAUGCCAUUGCCAAGGGGGACUAUCCAUCGUGGUCUUUCUACAUUCAAGUGAUGACAUUUGAAGAAGCAGAGAGGUUUCCAUUUAAUCCUUUUGAUUUAACAAAGAUUUGGCCACAUGGUGCCUACCCUCUCAUCCCUGUGGGAAAGUUUGUCUUGAACAGGAAUCCUGUCAAUUACUUUGCAGAGGUUGAACAGAUGGCAUAUGAUCCUAGUAACAUGCCACCUGGUAUCGAGCCUAGCCCCGAUAAAAUGCUGCAGGGUCAUCUUUUCUCCUAUCCUGACACUCACAGACACCGCCUGGGGCCCAACUAUCUACAAAUCCCUGUCAACUGCCCCUUCAGAGCUCGGGUGGCCAAUUACCAGAGGGAUGGACCAAUGUGUGUGUCUGACAACCAAGGUGGUGCCCCCAACUAUUAUCCAAACAGCUUUACUGGUCCAGAAGAUCAGCCUGUUCUCAAGGAGAGCCGCAUGUCUGUUACAGGAGAUGUGCAGCGCUUCAAUAGUGCAAAUGAAGACAAUGUGACUCAGGUCAGAGAAUUCUACACCAAAGUGCUGAAGGAGGAUGAACGCCAAAGGCUGUGCAAAAACAUUGCUGGGCAUCUGAAAGAUGCACAACUCUUCAUUCAAAAGAGAGCUGUGAAAAACUUCAGUGAUGUUCAUCCUGAUUAUGGGGCUCGUAUUCAGGUUCUGCUGGACAAGUACAAUGCUGAAAGUGGGAAGAAGGAUGUAAUUAGGACAUACACACAGUCCACAUCUCGUGUGUCUGCCAAAGAUAGAUCCAACUUGUAAAAGCUUGCUGCAGAGAUUUGCUCUGAGUGUUGCAUCCUUACAACUGCAGGACAACAUGUUGAAGAUGAUCCUGAAUGUAGCAGACCUCCGUCCUCACAAACACACAAGUUGUUUUACAGGCUUGAUUUUAUUAAGCUUUUCAAGUGCCUGUAUCUCUAUUGGAAAAUAGGUAACAAAAGCUAACAAUCUUGUGCCUUUCAACACUAGUUGCUGCUUGUUAACUAAAUGGUGCUUUUAAGGAAAUUGAUGGUUGAAAAUUGUCCUCCCUUCUAGGAGCAACUUUAGGUUUAAUGAAAAUGGUUCAAGCACACAAUAGAACUUGUGUAAUGAUGCUGUGAUUAUCCUCAUGGAUAAACUUCAUGUUAAAAAGUGGCUGUUGCUCAAUAUUUCUAAUAAAAGUUACCUGUAUGCAUUUGUAGACA